CCGGCAAGGCUACUGCAUCACGACUGCGCAUCGGACAUGCGCAGAUACUCUCGGCGCGCUAUCGUGCGCCUAUAUAAUCAGUGACUGAAUAAACCGAUCGUUCUUCUUGUUCUGGCCAUCAUGCUGUAUCGUCGUCCUUGCUAGUUACAUGGUGUCAGAAGUGGCCGCCGCGGACCGAAGCACGGCAGCAACGGCGCGGAAUCGCCAUGGACCUACUGAAGCCGCCGGAGCCAUUGCGCCUAUCGGGCAACGUGUCUGAAAAUUGGAAGCGCUUCAAGCAAAGGUUCGAGCUUUUUCUGCAAGCAACGGCAGUCGAGAAGGCCCCGAGAAGUGACUCCUCGAAAGUGGCACUCUUGCUGAGCUUCGCGGGAGACGAAGUGCUCGACAUCUUCAACAACUUUCAGUACGGCCCCGAAGAAAGCAAGGAAUGUUACGACACGGUCGUGCAGAAGUUCGACGCCUACUUCUCCGAGGUGAGCAAUGAAAUUCACGAAAGAUAUGUUUUUCGUAUACGAAGCCAGGCGGAGAAAGAACCUUUUGAGAAGUUUGUGCGGUACUUAAAGAAGCAGGCGACACAGUGCAACUUUGGGGAUCAGCACGAUUCACUGAUUAGAGACCAAAUUGUGUUUGGUACGAACAACCCAAAGCUGCGUGAAAGAAUGCUUGCCGAGAGAGGCCUGACGCUACUAAAAGCCGAGGAAAUGUGUAAAGCGGCAGAAGCAGCGGCACUAAGGAGCCUAGUUUGGAAUAGGACGGAAGAGAGCAUUGACGCGGUUUCAAGUGGCGAAACGGCGACGAAAAAACAGCAGCAGCGGAAAAAAAAGCAGAGUCGGGAUAAUCAAGAUAUUUGCUGCAGGAAGUGCAACCGCAAACAUAAACCUAAGCAAUGCCCCGCGUAUGGUAAAUUAUGUCAUUCUUGCCGCAAAUACAACCACUUUGCAAGUUGUUGCCAGAAGUCUACCGUUGUUAGCGAAGUAGCUAAUCUCGAUGAGAAUGACUUUGAGAUUCUCGAAAUCUGCGCCGAAAAUUGUCGCAAGAAAGACUGGACAAUCAAGGCUCGAGUAAAUGGCAGAGAAGUGACGUUCAAAGUGGACACCGGUUCGCAGGCAAGCUUACUUCCAUUUACAACGUACCGUAAGCUUGGAUCCAAAGAAGCGUUGCAACCAACCGGGUCAGUGUUGCGCGCCUACAACGGGGGUGUUAUUUCAAGUUAUGGAACAACGUCACAGAAAGUGUCUGUCGGAACCACCGAGAUAAGCGUGAAAUUCUUUAUCGUAAAGAAUGGGCGCCAAGCCAUCCUUGGGCUCGAUGCCAGUGAAGCGCUUGGGUUGGUUCGACGUACGGUAGACGCUGUCAAUGCCUCGUCUGAGUAUGAACUUUUGAAAGAUUUCAGGCACCUGUUCCAAGGGCUCGGCUGCUUGAAAACUCAGUACAGAAUGGUCCUGGAUCCAGACGCGGUUCCGGUCGUUCAGCCUGCUCGCCGGGUUCCACUUGCACUUCAGGAACCUCUGAAGAAGGAACUACAGCGAAUGACCCGGGAGGGCAUCAUCGUCAAAGAAAAUGAGCCAACCGACUGGUAUAUUCCUGGGAAGCACCUUGUUCUUGCUGACAUGUUGUCCCGGUCAACUGUUGACAACCAAGACGAGGCUGGUGCUACUACCGACGUGGAAGUUCACGCAAUCCAGCUUCUAGUUUACCGUGUCACAGAAGCAACGCAGAAAGAACUGCAAGCGGCAACGGCUCGUGACGGCUACCUACAGUCGGUGAUCGCAAGUUUGUCCGUGGGGCUUCCAGUACAAGGUGAACUAAAGCCUUUUGAGCAAGAACUCUCAUUUGUCAACGGAAUACUUUUAAAGGCGUCGAAGGUUGUUAUUCCGAAAAGCAUGCGACAAACUAUGCUUGAAAAAAUCCAUGCAGGUCACCUCGGCAUGCAAAAAUGCAAAGAAAGGGCCAGACGCCUCGUGUUUUGGCCGGGGCUUAACGCUGAGAUUGCUUCCAUGGUGCAACUUUGUCCUACGUGCCGCAAGUACGCUUACAAACAGCCCAAGGAACCGCUUCAAAUGCGGCCCGUGCCAGGUUGUGCAUGGCAUAGAGUUGGAGCGGACAUUUUUUCGUUUGGGGGGGACUCGUACAUCGUUGUCUUUGACGCCUUAUCAAACUUUCCGGAAGUUCAGAAACUACCUGACAUGUCGGCGCAAUCAACCAUUGCAGCACUGAGCGCUAUUUUUGCCAGAUUUGGCGUGCCCGUCGAAGUAUGUACUGAUAACGGCCCACAAUUUUCCAGCCAUGAAUUUCUUUUGUUUUCAAGGAGGUACGACUUCACGCACGUCGCUUCAAGCCCUCAUUAUCCGCAGUCAAACGGGCUUGCGGAAAAAGGUGUGCAGGUUGUGAAUCGCAUUUUGAAAAAAACUGCAGAUUCGGGCGACGACUUCUGGCUGGGCCUGCUGGCCUACCGCUCUACCCCAUUGGAGGACGGGCGAUCCCCUGGUGAACUACUGCAAGGAAGGCGCCUUCGCGCUAACCUCCCGGACUUCAGUGCGGUGACCGCAACCGACGUCAAGAAGCACAGCCAGGCCCAAGGGGGAAGGCCUUUGCCUCCUCUGCAGAAGGGUGUCGUCGUGAGGCUCAGAGACGCUGCAUGGUCCCGAAAAGCUCAAGUGGUGGGUUCGCCAUAUCCAAGGUCCUACCUUGUCAAAACGGAGGACCAGAAGCUGUUAAGGCGCAACCGUCGUCACCUACUUCAAACUGGCGAACGGUUCAUCGAGGAAAGCGACGACGACAUUGAUACCAGCCCAGCGGACAACAACGUUGGUGGCCAUCCGACAGUGGCAACUUCAACCUCGCCAGCCAACGGCCGACGUCGCGAAGUUCCAACGUCGGGCGACCCUUCGCCACCUGUGGUGCGUCAGUCAACUUCACCACCGACGCCAGCUUUGAGAAGGUCGACUCGAUCCGUGAAGCCACCACAGCGUCUUCAUUAUGACAAGGACUUUAACCAAGUGUCUGAUAUCAUUUUUUGAAGUGUCAUGUACUUACCACUGUUUCGGUGGGUGUGUAAUUUCUUUGUUAACGGAAAGGAUGUAUCCGGCAAGGCUACUGCAUCACGACUGCGCAUCGGACAUGCGCAGAUACUCUCGGCGCGCUAUCGUGCGCCUAUAUAAUCAGUGACUGAAUAAACCGAUCGUUCUUCUUGUUCUGGCCA